UCGUGUAUUGUGGCUCUGCAUUUGAAAUAAGCAUACUUGCUGGCUAUCAAGUAACAAGAACUCCCAAGGGCGAGCGUGCUCCUCUGCCCUACCACUACUUGUCGUACUUGGUACGAGGUGGUCAGCACGCCAACAGUUCUCGUUCUCGUUCCCACGGUUGUGUGACAGUUGUUGCGAAGGUCUCUACAGCACGAGCAGUUUGCAUAGCGUGUCCAUGUGACCGGUCUCAUGACCAGAACGCUCUUGCAGUCCACCGCAUCCCGCAAGGCUGCAACUGUGACGUUUUCUCGCUGUAUUACCCCACGAGCAUUGCACGUAAUGAGUGAAGAAACUCACCCGCCUGCCGUGCAGCACAUGGCCCAACACGUCCUCGACCAGUUGCAAGAACAUCGAUCACGAUGUUCGGCGAGUAUACGACCAGCCCCAUUAUUUGUAGGCGUUCAAGGUCCACAGGGCAGCGGAAAGACUUUCCUGACUUCCCGCCUUAGUGCACACCUUUCCAGUCCACCACACGCCCUCUCCGUUGCCGUUCUUUCUAUUGACGACCUCUAUCUCCCACACUCUGGGCUCAAACGACUUGCGGAAAGCCAUCCCCACAAUAUCCUCUUUCAGGGACGGGGACAGCCAGGAACACACGAUGUGCCUCUCGGCACUUCGGUCCUGAAGAGCCUCAAAAGGAUCAACAACCCAGAUGCACAGACUGUCGACAUCCCGUUCUUUGACAAGAGUCUUUUUAAUGGAGAGGGGGACCGCGCAUCUCAUGGUGAGACGGUGAAAGGACCCGUGGACGUAGUAGUACUGGAGGGAUGGUGUGUAGGGUUUUUCCCUACGAGUAAAGAGCUCGUCGAAGAAAGGUGGAAGGAGCGUGUCCCGACUCUCCAGCCUGAUACCUUUGACAUGAAAACUUUCGUGUCCGUGGAUGACGUACUGGCCGUCAACGAGCAAAUAAAGCGAUAUGUGGAAUGGUGGGAGGCACUGGAUACUUUCAUUCAGAUAAAGGGGCCUUCAUCCGCACAGCUCUCUAUCAUAUAUAAGUGGAGAUUACAGCAGGAGCAUAAUAUGAAGGCCAAGAAUGGCGGAAAGGGCAUGACGAAUGAUCAAGUCAAGACCUUCGUAGACCGCUAUAUUCCCGGAUACGUCUUUUUCGGUGACGGAGUGACGAAAGGAUUAUCAGGCUGUGAAGGAACGGAGACAGAGCAACUUCCGCCGUGGAUAGGGAGAGGGCUAUCAGUAACGAUUGGUGAUGAUAGAGAACUCCUGCAAACCAGUCAUUUUUAGAAGGUUACGCUAGAUCGCAUUAACUUUACAGAGGACUGCGCUUGCACUGCACUG